CAGAUGAUUGAUUACUUCAAAUCAAGUACUUUGACGUUUCAGCUUGUUUUGUAUAUUUGUGAAUUAAUAACGUAGAAAUAAUUCGUGGAAUAGAUUUACAUUUUUUGACAUUUUUUUAAUAAACUGUGAUUGAAUUUUAUAAUAGUUCAAGUUAAUUUCAUUCCACAUCUCAAUAUAUUCGCAAGCUUUUUAGGUUAAGAUCGAGCCUCAUUGCCCCCCAUGCGAUUAUUUUUAAAUAAAUAAUGGCUGAUACAGAAAAUCCACCAAAUCCUAUAAUGACCGAAGUUACUAAUCUAAUUAAACUUUGGGAAAGUGAAAAUAGUAGACCUAAUUAUGAUCCAUUGAAAACAAUCACAAGACUAGCAGAAAUUAUCGAAGUGGAGACGGAUAACUAUAUGAAAAUGGAUCCUGAUCCCUUUGAUGAGAGGCAUCCUUCAAGAAUAGAUCCGGAAUGUAAGCUUGGGCAAAUUUUGAAAGCUCUUUUCAAAAAGGAUAACUUCAUGAAUAAACUGGUCAAUGAUUAUAUGAGAGACACCUAUUACAGUAGGCUUGGGAUCACUAGAGAUGUAACUCCACUAAAUGUAGCAUCUUGUCGUCUCAUGUUAGAUAUAAUGCCAGGUCUCGAAACAUCUGUUGUAUUUGAACCAAAUGAACAGAGUCUAGUUUUGCGUCUAAUAAAAUGGACAACAUCAUCAGCUGAACCCCUUCAAAGCUAUGCUACAGGACUUUUAGCUGCAGCUUUAGAACUUCCUGAAGUAGCAAGACAUUAUAGGGAACACAACUCAAGGUUAACACCAAUUUGUAUACAAAGAUUACAGAAACUGCAAAUUGCCUCCAAAUUUACAUCUCCCAAAGUGCCCUCUUCUAACACCAGACCAUUUGCUCAUUUUUCCUCGGAUUCUUCUAGUACCUGUAAUAGCAAAGAGAAGAUCAAUGGAACACCAACUAUCAGAAAAGUAAGGCAAAAUGGUAAUACUAGAAAUAUCAGUUUUAAUGAUGAAGAAAACGAUUCCGAAGCCAAUGCCUCUAGAUCAGAAAAACGGAAAAAACCUAAACUGAAUGCAGAAUCACCUACUUCACAAAUUACAUCAGAAUCGCCUAGCAAACUUGGAUUGUUCUCUGAUGCAAGUAACUCAUCUUGGGCAGAAUUAGAGAGUUACAUGAUAGGAAGUGUUCAAAUGCAUCCUCUUACUCCUAUUACCCAACAGAUACUCAUUUUGAGAUUCUUAACACCCAUGGGAGAAUAUCAAGAGUUUUUGCCCUAUGUUUUCGAAAAUAAUGCGUUGGGUAUUGUCCUCAACUAUUUGAACAUAAGAGAAACUAAAGAGGCACGUUUGGCUUUCGAAGCACUUAAAUAUUUAGCAGCUCUGUUGUGUCACAAGAAGUUUUGUGUUGAAUUUAUAUUAAGCGGUGGAUUAGAAGUUAUCCUCGAUGUACCCAGACCAUCGAUAGCUGCAACAGGAGUGUCAAUUUGCAUUUAUUAUUUAGGUUAUUGCGAUGAAGCGAUGGAAAGAUUGUGUUUGCUUCCAAAACAUGUUAUUGUAAAUUUAGUCAAUUACUCUCUUUGGCUCUUGGAGUGUUCCCAUGAUUCAGGGAGAUGUCAUGCUAUAAUGUUCUUUGGACUUACUUUUAAAUUCAGAGCAAUUUUGGACGAAUUUGAUGCUCAGGAUGGUCUUCGAAAACUACACAAUGUGAUUUCAACUUUACCAAUUCUAUUACCUGAAGCAGAUACUGGUCAAUUGAAUGAAGACCAAGAAUGCUCUGCUAGACAAGUAGUUCGUCAUGUUUGUGUAGCAUACAGGAGGUAUCUUGAGGCUCACCUUUAUUCAAAGUAUGAAAUAAUAACAAGAUGUCAAAUAAGACCAAACUCUCAACCGGCCCUGUUGGGCCAACCUAGCUAUAAGGCAUGCAAACAAUCCCCAGAAGAAGUUCAACAGCAAAUCGAAACUCUGCUGCAGCAUAUGCCGUUCAGAGGUCACUGGGGACCUGUUGAUCAGUUACUCAAGUUGGGCUGCAUUAAUCUCCUCUUGAAAAUAAUUGCUUUUGCGUACGAAUGGAAUUAUAGUGGAAGAGCUGAAACUGUACGUUCUGCACUGGAUGUACUGGCAAUAGCCUGCGUACUUCCCAAAGUGCAAUUGCUGUUUUGUGAACGAGUUGAUUUACCAGAUGAUCAUGUGACUGUGGGUAUGAAUAUAAUUUUGGGAGCAGCCGAAGGUGAGAUUGUAGCAGAUGCAGAUGUUCAAAAAGCCGCAUUGAGGGUUAUAGUGAAUUGUGUAUGUGGUCCUGUGCAUAGAAUUGGUGGAAUGGCAAGGUUCACGAAUAAUCCACAUUCACCUAGUAAAAAAUUGAAGUUGAAAAGUUCAGAGGAUUUAAUCCAAAAAGUAUGGGACUGUGUUAGGUCUAACAGUGGAAUAAUGGUCUUACUGACUCUGAUGAAUGUGAAGACCCCCAUUACAGACGCAGACUCCAUAAGAACCCUCGCUUGCAAAGCGUUGGCUGGACUGGCUAGAUCGGAAACUGUGAAACAAAUUAUUUCCAAGUUACCCUUGAUAACUAGCGGACAACUUCAAACUUUGAUAAGGGAUCCUAUACUUCAAGAAAAACGGCAGGAGCAUGUUUAUUUUCAGAAGUAUGCAUUGGAAUUGUUAGAGAGGCUUUCUGGUAAUGCUAAACAAACUGGCAAGGAUUUGGAAAUAUCACUUGCUAAUAUACAUAGGGCUAAUGUAGUGGCACAAACAAAAAUACAGUUCAAUGAGGAUCAAUUGUUGCAAUUGAUACAUCAGCAUCUGGUAGCGAAAGGACUAUCGGAAACGGCGUCUCAUUUAGUGAAAGAGGCAAAUUUGAGUCAUGCCUUAGCAAGUUAUAUGCCUAAAUUCAAAUAUUCUUCUACAUUGACUCCAAACAGGAAUCGCAGUGCGUUUUCUUCACCAAGAAAUCUAGCACUAAACAUCAACGCUGAAAAUCCAUCCAAUUCCUCCACUCCUCAAAUCAAAAUCAUAAAGAAAAACCAAAGUAACGUUGUCAGUAGUCCUGUGCAAAUCUCACGAUUGGAGAAACCCAUUAGUAAUGAAAUCACGCCACAUAGAGGUUUGCUGGAGGAGCAUUUCCCUACACAAGAGGCACCAAGGGUCACUCUCACAUCAAUCAUUACGGAGUAUCUGACCAAUCAACAUGCUCUCUGCAAAAAUCCCAUGGCUACCUGUCCGCAAUUCAACCUCUUUGUUCCUCAUAAAUGCCCCGACCCAAAACCAAGAAUAGCUGCAGCAAACAAUAUGGUUUUGCGAUGUGCCCGAAGGGCGAUCGGCUAUAACUCGAGAACUAUGGACCGAAAAUUCAUCCACUCCAGGUUUUGUCCCAUACAAACUAUAAGAUCAGUGAGUGAGGAAGGAUUUUUCACAUCAGUUCGGUUUCUGCCAGGGGGUAAAAAUCUGCUAGUUGGUGAUUAUUACGGAGAAAUCCACAACUUCAAUCGUUAUUCUGGAAAUGUCAUAUCAUCAUUCAAUGCACACGAGAAUUACAUAGCCAACAUGGAACCGAGUAGAGACGGAAAAUUAUUGCUUACUAGUUCUAUAUACAAUACCUGGGGUAAACCAAUAUCAGCUCUGUGGCAGUUUGAAGGAUAUCAAUCAAAAUGGACUUUUGAUGAAGAAGAACACGUGGAGUUUAGCAAAGUUGUCCAAGAUAAAAUUUUAGGAACCAAAGGAGAAGUAGCAUCUUUAUAUGAUGUCAACACAGGUCAACUCGUUUCAAAAUUUAUUCCAACUGUCGGUAAUCAAUAUACAAAAAAUAAGGCGACGUUCAGCCAUCAGGACGAUCUCAUAUUAUCCGAUGGUGUUCUUUUCGAUGUGAAUUCGGGAAAACAGAUACACAAAUUGGACAAAUUGAACCAAAUGCAGAGUGGAGUAUUCCAUCCGAAUGGUUUAGAGAUUGUUUCAAAUAGUGAAGUUUGGGACAUGAGAACCUUCCAUCUAUUGAAAACUGUGCCUGCCCUGAACCAGUGCACUGUUAUCUUCUCAGGUUACAACAAUGUCAUUUAUGCUUCUGUUCUGGAACAAGAAUUGGACGAUGAAGAUCUCAAAUAUGAUACAAGCUUCAAAACCUUAGAUUCAAUUGACUAUUCCAGCAUAGCUACCAUCGAUGUGAAAAAGAACAUAUAUGAUUUGGCUAUAAAUCAUUUUGACAGUCAACUUGCAUUAGUUGAAAAUCAAGGAGUUUAUCAGACAGUGCAAGAAUCAGUUGUAAGAGUUUAUGAUGUUGGUCGCAGGAGAGAGGAUAUAGAUGAAGAGCAAGAUGAAGAUGAAGAAGAGGAGGACAUGGAUGCCAGCGAUGAAGAUGGUUCAGACAAUGGAGACUCUGUUCUUCAAGAAGUAGUGGACUUCAACAAUGACAACUCUAAUAAUGAUGAUGAUGAUGCAAAUGGCAGCGAGAGUGGAUCAGAAAGCUGGACUAGUCUUUCAUCGAACGAUUCUGAUAGUGAUGAUUCUAUGGUAGGAGAAGUGUUAUUGUUUUAAGAUGAAAGCCUUGAAAAUGAAAUUUUGUGAUAAAAUCUGUUUCAAGAUAACUACAAUAGGUUCAAAAUGAUUUUAUGUUUGUCAAUAAAUUGCUGCUGUGCAAUUUUGCCAUUGUAAUUUGGAAACAUAUUAAAGAUCAGGUACAAUAUCUGUAUGUAAUAUAUUCUAUCAAUGAAAAUCAUUGUAUCUUCAAAACUGUCAAGUUUUAUUGUUAUUUUAUGUCGAAUAAUGAAUUUCAAGAGCAAAUUAUCAACAAUUGCGAGUGCAGGGAAAUGUCGAAGAUUCUUUCAUAUUGUAAAACUGUAUAUAUAUGGAAUUAUAGAAACAGAGUUUUUUUUA